GCAUCCGACAGAGACCGAGGCACAAAGAUCGCAAUAAUAUCCGUUAUAACCAGCCAUCUAACCCCACCCCCAACACACACCCAUCCAUCCCACCCGCCGGGAGAGACAGCCAACAGUUCGCUCUCUGCGCCCAGGGAAAAAGCCCCAACCAUGAGCAAUCAGUACCAGGAGGAGGGCUGCUCCGAGAGGCCCGAGUGCAAAAGUAAAUCUCCAACUUUGCUAUCCUCCUACUGCAUCGACAGCAUCCUGGGCCGGAGAAGCCCGUGCAAAAUGCGGCUGCUGGGAGCCGCGCAGAGCUUGCCUGCCCCGCUGGCCAGCCGCGCUGACCAGGAAAAGGCCGUGCAAGGCUCCCCCAAGGGCAACAGUGCCCCGUUCGAGGCUGAGCUGCACCUGCCGCCCAAGCUGCGGCGCCUCUACGGCCCUGGCGGGGGCCGCCUCCUCCAGGGCGCCGCGGCGGCGGCGGCAGCGGCGGCGGCGGCAGCAGCCGCGGCGGCCACGGCCACCGCGGGUCCCCGGGGGGAGGCCCCUCCACCGCCGCCGCCAACCGCACGGCCAGGGGAGCGGCCGGACGGCACUGGGGCCGCAGUGGCCGCGGCGGCGGCGGCGGCCGCCGCCUGGGACACACUCAAGAUCAGCCAGGCGCCGCAGGUGAGCAUCAGCCGCAGCAAGUCGUACCGCGAGAAUGGGGCGCCCUUCGUGCCGCCGCCGCCCGCGCUGGACGAGUUGGGCGGCCCGGGGGGCGUUGCGCACCCUGAUGAGCGCCUUAGCGCGGCCGGCGGACCCAGCAGUGCCCCGGCGGCGGGUGGCGGCACUGGCGCUGAGGACGAUGAGGAGGAGCUGCUGGAAGAUGAGGAGGAUGAGGAGGAGGAAGAGGAGCUGCUGGAGGAUGAUGAUGAGGAGCUGCUGGAGGACGAUGCCCGCGCGCUGCUCAAGGAGCCCAGGCGCUGCUCAGUGGCCGCCACCGGUGCCGUGGCCACGGCUGCUGCUGCCGCCGUGGCCACAGAGGGCGGGGAGCUGUCGCCCAAGGAAGAGCUGCUACUGCACCCAGAGGACGCUGAGGGCAAGGACGGCGAGGACAGCGUUUGCCUGUCUGCGGGCAGCGACUCAGAGGAGGGGCUGCUGAAACGCAAGCAGAGGCGCUACCGCACCACGUUCACCAGCUACCAGCUGGAGGAACUGGAGCGGGCCUUCCAGAAGACGCACUACCCGGACGUCUUCACCAGGGAGGAACUGGCCAUGAGACUGGACUUGACUGAGGCCCGAGUCCAGGUCUGGUUCCAAAACCGUCGCGCUAAGUGGCGCAAGCGGGAGAAGGCUGGUGCGCAGACCCAUCCCCCGGGGUUACCCUUCCCAGGGCCCCUCUCGGCCACCCACCCGCUCAGCCCCUACCUGGAUGCCAGCCCCUUUCCCCCGCACCACCCUGCGCUUGACUCGGCCUGGACGGCUGCUGCCGCCGCUGCCGCCGCCGCCUUCCCGAGCCUACCUCCGCCUCCGGGCUCGGCCAGCCUGCCGCCCAGCGGGGCGCCGCUGGGCCUGAGCACUUUCCUGGGAGCCGCCGUGUUCCGGCACCCGGCCUUCAUCAGCCCAGCAUUUGGCAGGCUCUUUUCCACCAUGGCCCCACUGACCAGCGCGUCAACUGCGGCCGCGCUCCUGAGACAGCCCACACCGGCCGUGGAGGGCGCGGUGGCGUCGGGCGCGCUGGCCGACCCGGCCACUGCAGCUGCAGACAGACGCGCCUCUAGCAUAGCGGCGCUGAGGCUCAAGGCCAAGGAGCACGCCGCGCAGCUCACGCAGCUCAACAUCCUGCCGGGCACCAGCACGGGCAAGGAGGUGUGCUAAAGGCUGCCCUCCACUCUCGCGCCCCUAGGCGCGCCCCGAAAGGUCACCUCACUCAGCACCACUCAAGACCAAAUGGAAACAGAGGACCAGCACACUCCCGAGACGGCACUGAGAGAGCGCAGCCGCUUUCGCAGCAGCCUGGAUGCGGGCAAGGCAGCCCUUGGCGCUUACAGAUGUGGCACCUCCUCGGCUGGCUGUCCACCCGCCCCUGCCCCUGCCCCUGCCACUGCCAACCUCGCUCCAACUCAAACAUCCACUCUCUCCCAUUCUUUACUGAAAAUAUCGGGGAGGUUUUCUCCUCAAGACGCCUGGGAUUGAAGUUAAAAUGUUAAAAAGCUCAACCUCUUUUUCCUGACACCCCACUU